GGAGCGUGCGUGGCGUGCGCGACGCGGCUCCGGGCCGAGCCGCGGCGGAUGCUGAGUUGAGUGUACACUAGCAUGAUCCUGCCUCUCUGAGCCUUCACUGACAGGCUGAAAAAUAAUUGUAGGCUAGAGUGAAGAGAAAUCUAGAAAGAUGAGCUCCGGCGUGUCCAUGAGUGAACCAAAUCUGAACUGGGAUAUAUCACCCAAAAAUGGCCUUAAGAUAUUUUUCUCUCAAGAAAAUUAUAAAGAUCAUUCCAUGGCUCCAAGUUUAAAAGAACUGUAUAUUUUAUCUAACAGACGUAUAGGAGAAAAUCUGAAUGCCUCAGCAAGUUCUGUACAAAAUGAGCCGGCAGUUAGCUCAGCAACUCAAGCAAAGUCAAAAGUUGGCAUGAUUCUUCUGCCCAAACCAAGAGUUCCUUAUCCACGUUUCUCUCGUUUCUCACAGAGAGAGCAGAGGAUGUAUGUGGACUUGUUGGUUAAAUAUGCAAAGCUGCCUGCAAAUUCCAAAACUAUUGAAAUGAAUAAAAAUGAGUACUUGCAGUAUUUGGAUAUGAAGAAACGUGUAAGUGAAGAAGUUGCUGAAUUCCUGAAGUUUUUGCAGAAUUCUGCAAAGAAAUGUGCACAGGAUUAUAAUAUGCUUUCUGAAGAGGCCCGCCUCUUCACCCAGCGAAUGUUCAGAGCGUGCUUUGAACAAGUGAAAACAUACCCAGAAUUUUACUCUCUGCACGAAGUCACCAGCUUGAUGGGUUUCUUCCCGUUCAGAACAGAGAUGGGGCUCAAGUUGGAAAAAACUCUGCUCGUGUUGGGGAAUGUGAAAUUUGUAAAAACAGUAUUUCCUUCAAUGCCUGUGAAGCUGCAACUCUCAAAAGACGACCAGCCUCCCGUGGAGACUGCUCACGAGAAGGUGGAAGCUCUGCGCUGUGACAUCAGCAAAGAUGUAAAUGCCGAGAAGCUUGUUUCGAGGUACCGUCCACACAUCGUUCUCACGAGCCAGUCACUGUUCACCUUACUGAACAACCAUGGCCCGGGCUACAGGGAGCAGUGGGAAAUCCCCGUGACGGUUCAACUCAUUCCCGUUGCAGGUUCCAAACCAGUUAAAGUGAUUUAUAUUAAUUCACCACUUCCCCAAAAGCAAAUGACAAUGAGAGAAAGAAACCAAGUCUUCCAUGAAGUUCCAUUGAGAUAUUUGAUCUCCAAAAGCACCUCUGUUCCAGUGUCUGCCGUGUUUAUGGACAAGCCUGAGGAGUGCGCGUCGGAAGGGGACACCUCCAAUGAAGUUAAUGAGUGCCGGAAACUUGAGACUCUGGAAAAUAUGGAUCUGGGUUUUGAUGAUGAUGUCACAGAACUCGAAACCUUUGGAGUCACUGCCACCAAUCCAUCAAGGUCACCGAGUCCACCGCGCACUUCUCCAGGACCUAGUGCUACAAAUAAGCCCACAGUCCCCAGACCAGCAGCUGCGCCUGUGGCACCAGUGACACCAGCCAUACCAACGACACCAGUCACUCCCGAGGAUUCUAGAAGCUUGUCUCAGAUGCUGAUGAAACAGCUGCAGAAGGAGAAACAGCUGUUCUGCAGUGUGGAGAGUGGCUCGGAAGAAUGCAGAAGCAAAGAUGGUCAAGGACCAUUGUCUGCUGGGGAGAGGGACCGCGGUCCCAGUGCCGAGUCUCUGAUGCAGGAUGGCCAGGGCCACCCAAGGCAGGAUACCCCACAGGCAGGAAGUACUACGGCAACUGAGAAUGCCCUUAACAGUAACAGGGCCACCGAUACUGGGGGGAGCCCGCGCCUUGAGCGCAGCACGGAUGCGUCAGAGGAGCUGGCGGCUCCGCUAGAGGCCGAGGCCAAAGCCGUCCUCUGUGGCAGCGAUGUGGAUGAGGACUGCUUAGUCAUUGACACUGACUGUAAAAGUAAGGGUGAUGGAGAGACAGCUGGCGCGGGUUCCAGGACACCGAGCCCCAAGCCCUCAGGACAGGCUUCCACUGCUACUGCCACCACAGCCACCUCCACCCCCGCCACCCCCACCACCUCCACCCCCACCCCCGCCACCGCUACCGCCACCACUGCCUGUAGCCCCGAAGAGUCCUGUGUUCUAAAGAAACCCAUCAAAAGAGUGUAUAAAAAGUUUGAUCCAGUUGGAGAAAUUUUAAAAAUGCAGGAUGAGCUUCUAAAGCCAGUGUCCAAGAAAGGACCAGAAUUGCCCCCGAUGAACUUAGACGAUGCUGAACAGCCACCUGCCUCUGAGCAAACCUGCACAGCCUCAGAGGCCCCGGGCUGGCCGCAGUCUACCUGGCCGUCUGCCUUUCAGAAGCCCAAAGGGCGAUUGCCAUAUGAACUCCAAGACUAUGUCGAAGACACAUCAGAAUAUCUGGCGCCUCCGGAAGGAAACUUUGUCUACAAGUUAUUCAGCUUGCAGGACCUGUUGUUACUAGUGCGGUGCAGCAUCCAGAAGAUUGAGACUAGGCCGCGCUCCAAAAAACGCAAGAAAAUCCGAAGACAAUUUCCAGUCUACGUCCUACCGAAAGUAGAGUACCAGGGGUGUUAUGGAGCAGAAGCCCUGACUGAGAGCGAGCUGUGCCGCCUGUGGACAGAGAGCUUGCUGCACUCCAACAGCUCGUUUUACGUGGGGCAUAUUGAUGCAUUUACCUCAAAGCUUUUUCUGCUAGAAGAAAUUACAUCAGAAGAGUUAAAGGAAAAGCUUUCGGCGCUCAAGAUUUCGAGUUUAUUUAACAUUCUCCAACAUAUUCUAAAGAAACUAAGUAGCUUGCAGGAAGGCUCCUACCUGUUGUCCCACGCGGCCGAAGACUCUUCGCUCCUCAUCUACAAGGCCUCCGAUGGAAAACCUACGAGGACAGCGUACAACUUACACAAAGCGCACGGAGACCUUCCUGUCGUGCCUUCCAGCCUCUCCGUCCCGUGGGUGCCAUUAGAGCCCAGCUGCCUGUUGCCCUAUCACAUCCAUCAUGGGCGCAUACCGUGUACUUUUCCACCGAAGUCGGCGCGCCCUGCAGCCCAGCUAAAGGUUGCUGGGGCAAAAAUGCCAACAAAGAGCCACGGGAAUCCCGUUCCCAUGGAAACCAAAAGCAGUGGCUUGCCUGUUCAGCAAGUGGAAAAUGGAGGUGCGGCUCCCGGUAAAAGGAAAAUGACUUAAAGGAAGGAAGUUUCAGCGGAGCCAGCGCAGCAGCGUUCAGUUUGGACGUGGAGGGGAAAUGUGCUGCCCGGUCAGCCAGCCAGCGAGGGGCGUCUCCUCCAGUCCGUGGAGACCUUGAAAGCACCGCGUGGCACGUGGAAGGAGGUGGCAGUGGCGUGCUUGCCCUGUGCCACCAGCACUGGGGGAAGCUGGAGGUGGCUGAACGUUGGCAGGGAACCGAGAAAUAUUUUUACAGUGUACCUUUUCUAAAAUGUCUAGAGAGGAGCCAUUUACUUUUUUAGGAACAAUUAUUUUUUUAUUUUUUUAAAGAAAGGGUC